GGCCCUGCAAGGAAUAAAAGGAAAAGCACUUUUCCAUUAAACUGUGUUUAUUGAAUACAUUUGGAUUAAUCAAUACAGGGGACAAAAAUAACCAAAUGCCAGCGUGGAGAAGAUUAUUUGUCAAUACCAGCUCUCUCCUCAUUUCCAUCACUCUUUCUUUUUUUCCUUGGUCUCUUCGUUGUGCUUAUCCAUAGGUGCUUAUCUCACAACAACUGGUAGAGACAGACAUCCGGGUAGUUGGAGGAUGAAGGAAGAGCAAUCGAGCGCAGAUCGAUAGAUAGCGUUCAUUAACACACAGGACUCCUCUUGGAGGAAUAUGGAUUAAAAGCCUUAGAGUUCAUCACGUCUACCCCAGUUAGUAAUAUUCCACCAUGGUUUUUCCCAGAGGUAAAAACAGAUAUUAGUAUCCUAGAAAAGAAAAGGGAAUGGAGAAUGGAGGAAGUGGGAAUCAAGACAAGUAUUUAUAUAAGGAACAGUUACAAUAAUUAUCUCAGAAUUUAUACAGAUGGAUCAAAGAAUAAACAGGAAUGUGUGGGAGUUGGAAUACAUAUUCCUGAAUUCAAAAUAAAUAUGUCGAAAAGAUUAUCUGACCAGUUAUCUGUAUACACAGCAGAAAUUGUGGCAGUCAUCAUUGCAUUACAAUGGGUGGAAGAGGUUAGACCUGAUAGGGUGGUAAUAUGUACAGACUCAUUAUCUGUCAUUAAAAGUAUACAAUCAAUGGAAUCUGCCAGAGAAGACUUAUUAUUAGAACUAAAUCACAGUUUGUUAAGAUUACAUCGGGGUGGCAUAGAUGUUCAGUUUUGUUGGGUGCCAGCACGCGAAGGAGUGAAAGGAAAUGAGAGUGCAGACAAACUAGCAAAAGAUGCAUUACAGAAGGAAAUAACGGUUCCAAUUCCACUCGGAAAAGGAGAAGGAAAAGCAGUGAUAAGAGAGAAAGGUAUGAGAAUAUGGCAGAAAUGGUGGGAAGAAGACACGAAAGGAAGGGGAUAUUAUAAAGUACAAAAAUAUGUUAGUAUUAAAAAUUAUAAAGAAAAGACUAGGCGGGAGGAAAUUAUAAUAUCAAGACUAAGAGUGGACCACACAGGAUUGAAUAGCACUUUGUAUUUAAUGGGGAAAAGGAAUAGUGAAAACUGUGAAAAAUGUGGGGUUAAAGAAAAUGCUGAACAUGUCAUAUUACACUGUAUAUUAUAUGAAUUGGAAAGACGGGUGUUACAAGAUGGGGUUCAGGAAGCAGGACGGGAAUGGAAUCUGAUUGGGAUACUGGGAACAGAAGGAGAGAGGAAAGGGAUUAUAAGCACCAGAAUGGCACUUUUUAAAUUUCUUAAAGUCACAGGGUUGAUGGGUAGAAUAUGAGAACAAUUAAAUAGCAUGAUGUUACACACUCCAGUACAGUAGGUAGCGGUAUGCACUUCAAAGUUGGUUGCAAUCCGCCAUUUUUCGAGAGAAGAAGAAGAAGAAGGACUCCUCUUGGGCCAAUCAGCACCAAUGUUUUGGAGCACAGUAUGUUACCCGCCAUGAAACAAAUAAGAAGUACCUGCCGACUGGCGUGACCAGUGACCACCACCACCAUGGAUUCGGCUCGGACAAAUACGGUAAUGACAUUUUUUUACGAUCCAACGAUCUUUUGUUUAACUAUUGUUAAUGUUAUAGCUAUUUUGUAGAAACGGGGGAAAUUAAAUCUUUCUCCAGACGUUGCUAAUGCUCACGUUUUUAUGGUACCCAACUAGCUCUGGUAACAACAUUUUUGCCUGGUGUUUAUUAAUUUUUAAGCGUUGGCCUCUUCCUCCGGUGAAAAUGUUGUUGCAAACGUAGCUAAUGUUAGCCGCCGCCAAGUAGACUGGUCAUGUCUUCAGUCCAAUUUUCCCCCCGAUAACUUUGUCAUUGUCAGAGUAACGUUUUUGCUAAGAGAGAGAGAAAGAGAGAGAGUGAGUGAGAGAGUAGUAGUAGUAGUAGUAGUAGUAGUAAUAAGCGUGUAAGUUAUGUGUCGCUGUGCUAACAUAAUGUAAGGCCAUAAACUUCAGGGCAAUUACUGUACACCAACCAUAGCACUAGCUCUAGCCUAUAUUUGAAUUGAAUGCAUAAGUUAGCUAAUUCCGUUUGACUAGAACACAAAAAUGGCACAUUUACACUUGGAAAGAAAGCUGGAUGUUUUGUUUAAUUAAACUCAAUAGUGCAUAUGCUAUUGUUGUCUAUAAUAAUAUAGUAGUGCCUAUUUUAUUAAUAUUUUGUUUUAUAUUGAUAUAGCUAGCCAUUUACUUGAAUAACUUUUUGCAAUAUAUUUUCUUUGGAAUAUGGAAAACAUCCCACUUUGUAAUUUUUGAUUUGGUAAUAUUUAAGUUAUUUAUAUUGUUUUAUGGGUUAUUAAGUUGAUGUAUUGUAUAGCUUUUCCAACCUACUGCUGAAUUUGUAUACUUUUGACAGGGAGACAACUCCGAAGUAGUCAAUUCAGCAAGACACCUCCUAAAUUUGCUCACAAAUGCAACACCUUCCCCUGGUCCUGUUGGGCCCAGUGCCCAACAUAGAGCUACCCUUGUUGGGCCCAGUGCCCAACAUCAAAUUGGCCCCGAGACUCCAAGGUGUUGUCUAGUUUCGCAACAAAUAAGAUAACACACACACACACACACACACCCAGAUUAACAUGUAUAAAAUAAUGUGGUGCAUCUCCUGAACACGGCAUGUCAUUCUAGCAGACAGGGAAGGAGUCAGGAAAGAGGGAGAGAUGGCUGACCCAGUGUCCACACAGAAAUGACAAGGUUCUUCACUGUAUUUGGUUUCUUUGUCAGACUGACUCAUCCCUUACAUUCAUCAAUUUAAAUUCUCAAACUAUAGCUAGUGAAAUGUGUAUUUGUAUUGGGUAAGGUCAAAUUAAUAAAUUGUCGUCACAGGUCUUUUCCUGCCCUUUUUGGAGCCAGGGGAAAGCGCCAGCACGUUUAAGGGCCUUCCAACCACUCCACACCAGUCAAAGAGAUAGAAGUUACAUUUGAUCUCUUACCCAAAAUUGUUGAGCACACUCACAAAGGCAGUGAAGAAGUUUUCCAUCUGCAAUCUGGUUUGGGACACAGGUCCACGCUGAUACCAGAGAACUACACCCAUGAUGAGGGUGUGGUUCUAGAAAACUAUAUAUGUUGUCUCCUGGGGACAGUGGAUAUACUGGGCUAAUGCUGAAGACUGCAAGUAUAGGCGGAAAGGGUGUCCUAUAUUGCUCCGUACAGGAAGAACUAGACACUCAACCACUGCCUCCUGACUCCAGGUCCUUCUCUAGUAUGCCACAGGCAAUGUGCCACUCCUGUCACACCAGCUAUCCAUUGCAAAUCCUAGCGCUGCAUGUUGAAACAUGCAAGCCUUCAUAUACUUAUCCACUGGAGUUUGAUUCCAGUUGCAGACCAAUCUGUGGCCAUAAUUUUCCUCCCGAUGACCCGGAGGAACAUGCAAGCGAGCGUGGAGAGAGAAGUGCUGGUGAAAUCUGGCUCAAGGCGGACCACCACCCUGCUGCCUCAAACUUUGGUGCUACAGGUUGAGUCGGCCACGGAGGCUACAAUGACUGAACUGAUUGAGGACAUUUUGAGCUGUGGCUAUAAUGGACCUGUUAAUGUUGAAAAGAGGGAAGAAAUUCUUCGUGCUGUUGUUCUUCAUGCCAUACUUCGGCUGCUGCCCCUACUCUCCAAGCUACGUGAAGUUCUGAAACUUUAUGGUCUCGUUGAUCAAAUGAACCAAUACCCAAACAUCUGCCAACCACUCUUUGUCCCCGGGAUGGAGGUGAAGGCUGAUGCUGACUUUGUCUUUGCGACUUGCCCACCUGAGUUCAGCGAGAAGGGCUCCAACAAAGAACAGGUGGAAGUGAGCGUUAUGAACCAUCUCCAGGACUUCUUGCAGGAGCUGGAAGCAUGUAAUUGCUCAUGUGUACAUCCAGAGGUGUGUGACACAGUAGACUAUCUUGGUCACCUGUCCCCCAGUAUCCAGUGGCUCACAGGACAGGGCCACAUUCCUGUCUUACCAGAAGAGAAGAGAAACUUCAGAGUCUUUGGACUUACAAUCCACCUACCUGUUAAGAAUAUGCAAACUUUUACUGGGUUCAAACAAGUGAUGACAGAGGCCUUCCAUCUAGGGCAGGCAUUUCAUCAGGUUUAAAUAUUCAGUGCUAUUUAGAUUACUGAAUGCUUUUCUUUCAUGGUUCAAGUACAAUGCAUAUACAUUCAGACAAAUAAUAAUAGAUAAGAUAUUUGUGCAAAUCUUUCAUCUCAUUUUUUGUUAAGUCCAGUUUGUAUCUGUUAACCCAACCCAAGUUAUACUUUAAAAACUCAUUUCCAUAUGGGCAUUGCACCAUCCAUGUUUGUCAGAAAGAUGUCCUUCACUGCGUUCUUUCCUGCGUUUCAGUUUGACAGAAGUCCAAUAAAUACAAAAUCUUUGGA